AUGAUUGAGAGUGAAAAUUCCACGUCGACACAUCUUGUAGUUUGUGUGCAUGGGUUAUGGGGAAACCCGGGACAUUUGCAAUAUCUUGUUGACCAGCUAAUAAAUAAAUACGGAAAUUCGAUUAGUAUUUUGAAUGCAAAAUGUAAUCUGUCAACAUACACAUAUGAUGGUAUCGAUAUUUGUGGAGAUCGUCUAGUCGAAGAGAUCCACGAAAAAAUAAAAAGUCUAGAAGACGAUGGUAUAAAAAUCACGAAAUUCUCCAUCAUAGGAUAUUCUCUCGGAGGCCUAUUUUCGCGAUACGCAAUUGGUAUUCUUUACAAACAAGGAAUAUUUAAUGAAAUACAACCUUGGAUUUUUACUACUUUUGCUACACCCCAUUUAGGCACAAUAUCAAAGAUAUCUAAAGCAAUACCGAAAAUCAUUAGCUGGGCUUCGCCACGGAUUUUAUCAAAAACUGGCGAACAAUUAUCAUGGAUUGAUAAAUACGAUGGAGAUGCUUCGCUACUUUCAGUGAUGUCCGAUCCGAAUCGCAUAUUUUUCAAGGCGCUCGAGUUAUUCAAGUAUAAGAGAAUUUAUGCAAAUACUUUGAACGAUAGAACAGUGCCUUUUUGGACGGCGGCAAUUUCGGAAGUCGAUCCUUUUGAGGAAUCUGAUAAAUUAAUUCUGUCAAAAAAUAAAAAAUAUGACGUUAUUAUCGACUCGGUAUUGCUAAAAGAAGAUCACUGCAAAAAUACGAUUUUUAACAUGGCAAAGUAUCUUUUGGUUGCGGUAGCGGCGCCAAUUCUAGCUCCUCUAUGGAUUAGUUUUGUUGGUGCUAUCUAUGUGCAAGCAUUGUGUUCGCAAAGACGAGUGCAAAAAAUCAUUGAGAAUCGAGUUGUUAAUAAUGUUGUUGAUGAUAAAAAUAAUAACGAUGGCAAAGAAAAACCACGAGAUUUCUCAAAAAUUGCAUCGAGUGUAGAGCGAGAGAACAUCGAAGCAGUGACCAAUUUUAUCUCUAAAAAACCAAAGCUAACAUCAGCUUCAUCUUCGUCAUCCAAAUCGGAGUCCGAGUCAUCUACAACCGAAUCCUAUAACCCUGAACUUUAUUCCUCCUCCGAUUUCCCAUUGGUACCAUUGAUUGACAUACAACGCGAAUCUUGUAAUAAUUUAAACAAGAUAUCGUUUCAAAAGUACAUGGUGCAUAUUGACGGGUAUAAUGCGCACGCAGAAAUUGUCGUACGGAAUAAGUUCUUUAAAUUUUUAGCUGGAAAAAAGCUUAUACAGCAUUUCGUAGAAGAAAGCUUUGUUUUGUAG